AUGGGGCCAAAGCGGCGCGAAAGGUUCAAUGCCAAGGCGCGGCAGUCGAGCGUUGGCGGCUCGUCGCACAAGGGCAAGAAGUCGAUGCGCGAGCGCGCCGCAGAGAGCGAGGUGAACUCGAACGCGGUCGUGAUGGACGAUGCGACGCGUGAAGAACUCGCACGCCAGGACAAACGCCGCCGCGCACUCCUGCGCGAGGGCGGAAACGACGAAAACGCAAGGAUUAAUACCAAGAAGCGCAAGCGCCUCGACAAGUUUAUCGAGAACAAGCUGCGCAAGGAGGAAAAGCAGCGGCUCAUCCAGAAACUCGCACAGUCGUCGGCAGAAAUCAGCGACCGCACCGAACUGGUCAGCGCCGCGACACUCGGUACGGGGCGCGCGUCCAAGGAGGCACAACGUGUGCAAAAGAUGCUCGGUGAGCAGGGCCACGGACGCCGCGCGGCCUUUCAAGUGGAUGAGGACGAGGACGAUGAAGACCUCGACCACGACGUCGAUACAGGCGAAGAACGCGUGCAUCAAGACCCGGUCCACGAACCCAUGGAGGACGACUCCAGCGCACGGCAGACACGCAUCGAAGAGGCGGCACGCCGCUUUGACGCGCCGCAGCCCAAGCAGGCGCCGGUGCUCGGCUCGGCGCUCGCGACGGGCGCAGACGGCAAGCCAGUGAUGCCGGUGAUGCGGAAGCGCCAGCGCAAGUCGGUGCAGGGGCGCAGCAACAUGUCGAUCCAGGAGCGCAUCAAGUCGGGUCCACCGCCCCCGCCAGAGUCAGACAGCAGCGACGACUCUGACGAGGACAAACAUGUAUACGACGUCGACAAGGCCAUCCAAGAGUCUCGCGAACGCAUCGCACAGGAACGCGCGUGGAAGAAGCCGGAGAAGGCGGAUGGAGAGGAUAGCGAUUCGUCUGUGCCGACGGAAGAAUUGGAUUCGGAGGGGACAGACACGGACGAGGAAGAAGAGGCUGUGCUUCUCCAUGCGAUGCGUCUGCGUGGUAUGCUUCCGGAAGGAGCUGGACUCGAUGCCUUGGAUGCAGCGAAAAGUAAAGGCAAGGGUAAAGGCAAGGCGGUAGAGGAGGAGAGUGAUGAUGAGGUCGAGGAAGGGGAGGAGGAAGAGGAUAAGGACGAUGAAGACGAGGAUGAGGAUGAGGAAGAGGACGACGAGGAAGACGAUGAGGACGAUGAGGAUGAGGAUGAUGAGGAUGAUGAAGACGAAGAGGACGACGAAGAGGACGAGGACGAUGACGAACAACUCCCGUCUGAACCACAGUCCAAGCGUUGGGGCCUCGGCGAGUCAAGUCGUACCAAAGCCUUCAAGCAGUGGGCCCUGGAAGCACUGCACCUCGCACGCCCUGAAAAAGGCAGCACAGAGCUCGAAGGCCGCCCUCUUGAGCCCGUCGGCGGCCGCGUCGACCGUGUCGGCGAUCUCGGUCCCCAGGACGGCAAGGUUCGUGGCCCCCUCGGCCGCGAUAUUGAGUCGCCUGCAGCCAAGUCGACCUUUGCCAAGCGCUUCUUUGAAGAAGAGGCCUUUUUCCGCAAAAACAAUGCGCCUGUACGUCACGUCCCCGUCACGCGCGACGAUGCACUGCAAGAGGCGCGCAUGGCACUCCCUGUUGUUGCCGAAGAGGACCUGAUCGUGCGCACAAUUAACGAGAACCCCGUAACCGUGCUUUGUGGUGAAACGGGUAGCGGCAAGACGACCCAAGUCCCCCAGUUCCUCUACGAAGCCGCCUAUGCCACGGGCGGAAGCGCAAAUCCUGGCAUGAUUGGCGUGACACAGCCCCGUCGUGUGGCGGCGGUAAGCAUGGCGCGCCGUGUCGCUCAUGAGCUCGGCCUCGAUAAGCAUCAUGUCGCACACCAGAUUCGGUAUGAUGCCACGACAGGGCCGCAUACCCAGCUCAAGUUCAUGACCGACGGUGUCCUGCUCCGCGAGCUUGCACAGGACCUUCUCCUCACGAAAUACAGCGUGAUCAUUGUCGACGAGGCCCACGAGCGCAGCGUCAACACCGACGUGCUGAUCGGUAUGCUGAGUCGCGUCGUGCGCCUGCGUGAGCAGCGCUGGGCUGCUGGCGGCGAGGGGCUCGAGGCACCUCGUCCGUUGCGCCUGGUCAUUAUGAGCGCGACGCUGCGUGUCGGCGACUUUACGCAGAACAGCACGCUCUUCCCUAUUCCCCCACCCCUGAUCCAGAUCGGCGCGCGCCAGCACCCUGUUGCGAUUCACUUUAACCGCAAGACGGUGCAGGACUACGUUACCGAGGCUGUCAAGAAGGCGUCCAAGAUCCAUGCGCGCCUUCCGGCAGGCGGAAUUCUCCUGUUUGUUACGGGCCAGCAAGAGGUCACGACCAUCUGCCGCAAGCUCGAGCAGCGCUACGGUCCUGAUGCUGUUGCAAAGAAGGCGCGAGCGGAAGAAAUCCGCCAAAAAUACACUGCGCCCUCGGCGCGCGAUGCAGACAUCGAAGCGGAGGAUGUCGACCUUGGCACGGCUGAGCUUGCGGACGUCGACGAGCCGGAUGUCGAGGCGGACCCCGAUGCGCUGGACAGCGACGAGGAAGAGGAAGAGGACAUUGAACCUGCGUCGAUGCCGAUGCACAUCCUUCCCCUCUACUCGCUCCUUCCGAAUGCCGACCAGCAGCGCGUUUUUGAGGAUCCUCCGGAGAACACGCGCCUGGUCGUCGUGGCGACCAACGUGGCCGAGACGUCGAUUACCAUCCCCAACAUCAAGUAUGUCGUGGAUACUGGCCGCGCAAAGGAGCGGCACAUUGAGCAGCGCAGCCAAGUGCAGUCCUAUGACAUUGCGUGGAUCAGCAAGGCGUCGGCCGCGCAGCGUGCUGGUCGUGCAGGCCGUACCGGCCCCGGUCACUGCUACCGCCUGUACUCUUCCGCGGUGUACGAAGACGUAUUCCCCGACUUUAGUGUGCCGGAAAUUCUGCGCACGCCGGUCGAGGGUCUUGUGCUCCAAAUGAAGGCGAUGAACAUUGACAAUGUGGCCAACUUCCCCUUCCCUACAGCGCCAGACCGCGACGCACUCCGCGGCGCCGAGCGCAUGCUGAUGCAUCUCGGUGCCCUCGAGCAGAGCGAGGCUCGCAAGGCGAGCGGAAAGCGCGAUAUGCACGCCUCGAUCACCGAGCUCGGGCGCGCCAUGGCGCUCUUCCCGGUGCUUCCCCGCUACGCCAAGCUACUUGCGCAAGGCAACCAGCACGGGUGCCUGCCGUACGCUGUUGCCAUCGUCGCGGCGCUCAGCGUCGGCGACAUCUUUGAGCGGGAGGACACGACACAGACCGUGCCGCUCGAUAUGGACCCUGCCGAGGCCAAAGAGGCACGCCGGAAAGCGCGGGCUGCGUACUACGGCGCGCUGCGCGUAUUUGAUGCUCUUGGCGAGGGCCAGAGCGACGCGUUCCGUCUCUUGAGCGUUGUCGGCGCAUACGCGCACGAGGCUUCGAAGGGCUCGUCACGCGCUUUCUGCCGCUCGCACUAUGUGCGCCUCAAGGCGAUGGAGGAGAUCCACAAGCUGCGCGCGCAGCUCGGGCAUAUCCUGCUGGCGAACCUGGCCGGCAUUCGCGACAAGGAUGCGGAACGCAUCCUCGAUCCCGGCCUUGCUCCGCCGGAUGCGACACAAUGCAAGGUCCUGCGGCAGCUUCUCUGCGCCAUCUAUGUCGACCGCGUUGCAGUGCGCGCCGACAUUGUUGAUGCGCCCGAGGCAGAAGGGACGCCAGCCGUGCGCGGAAGCAAGCUUGCGAGCACGCGCGGCGUGCCGUACGUUGCGCUCGGCGUCCACGGCCCGACGUUUAUCCACAUGAGCUCAACCUUUUUCCACCGCACGCCGCCCGAGUGGAUCGUCUUUGGCGAGCUGCAUCAGAGCUCAUCGAAGGAGGCGACGGUCGAAGGCGUCGAGGGACCCGCACGCAAGGUAUGGCUCAAGACGCUUACGCGUGUCAACCCUGCGUGGCUGCCCAAGCUCGGCAAGACGCUCUGCACGUAUUCGCAGCCGACCGAGGCCCAGCCCUCGUCGCUGCUUGGCAAGCUCACCAGCUCGAUCAAGGCGCUGCGCCAGGGCGAAAGCGCGGCGCCCGAGCGCGACGUGCUCCUCACGCCACGGUACGGCGGUGCGGCGCAGGACGGCGGCGCGGGCCAAGGUAUGGGCUGGGAGCUCCCCGCAAUCACCGCCAAGCAGCGCUACGAAAACGGGCGGUGGAUCACGCAGGCAUAG